CGACGUCAUUAAGGGUGGCGCGUACCCGGAAGCGGCUCGUAACCGACCAAGCUACCAUCGGAUAAUGACAAGCUGAAACUGGGAAAUUUGAAAGGUUGAGAAGGGCAGGAUGGGCAGACAGCGGAAGAGGGUGGUGACGGGGGAGGCUGCCCCUCCUCUGAGAAAAGACGAUAAGCCCCCAGCGUUCCACCGCAAGGAGAAAAAAAAGAAAAUCGACAUUGGCAAAAUUUUCAUCAACAUCUCAAUAGGCCUUUGUGUGGUCAGCCUGAUCUGGUUCUUCUAUGCCCUGUACAUGCGGUCCAGUCUGGCCAAGCGGGUCGUGACCCUGCACCCGUCACCUCGUGUUCUUGAUGCCAAUUCCAGCAGUUCCCAGGUCUCACCAGAGAGAUUCUGGGGUUCUUACAGGCCACAGGUCUACUUUGGUAUGAAAACAAGGAGUCCCAGGUCAAUUGUGACAGGUAUGAUGUGGAUGCGUCAGUUUUCGGACAUGGACGUAAUCCUCAGGCACACCUGCGAGCAAGGAGAUCGCUUGCAGGGUUACGGCUGGCUGAUGCAUGAUGGGAUCACCUUUGGCGUCCAGGAGAUCAGAGACAGCGAUUUCACACUGACCACAGAGUUUGUCAAGAGAAUGGGAGGAGAUCACGGUGGGGACUGGACUUGGCGGGUCACUACUAAACAGCACAGCUCUGCCCCAAAGGCACCAGUCCUCUCUCUGAUGUUAUACGCAGCUGCAGAUACCCAAGGGUCACUGGAGGCUCAUGUAGAGGAGAAAAGCCGCCUUGCUUCCAUCACCGGCGUCUCCGAAGAGCUUGGCAAUUUCAAAAUCACAUUUCGAAAACCAGUCACCGGGGAAUUAUCCAGUCCUAAAUAUGCGAGUUAUAACUACCUUCAGACUGUCUCUCCUGGCUUGGAGAAGCUGACCGAAAUUGUGAAGCACAGUCUGAACCGCAGGUUUGUCUACAGCCCACCAUCAGGCGAAAAGAGGCAUUACAUUGCCGUAGACACCUACAAGCCCCCGCAUCCCCAACAUAAGCCACCCGAUGCGAGGAAAGAGAGCGACUUUGUGGUUCACCAAGUCACGGUCCAAACACCGUUUCAAAUGGAAGUUCUCUUUGAGUCUGGAAGCUUUCGCAGCCGGCACGACCAGCUCGUGGGCCCGAUCAUGACCCAGGAGCUGGAGAAGAGGAAAUCUGAGUUUGACGCCAAGUUUGAGGAGACGUUUGGGCUUGAAAGCAAAGGCUACAGUCAGCCACAUAUCAGGUUAGGCAAGGCGGCGCUUAGCAACAUGUUGGGUGGAAUGGGUUACUUCCACGGCCAGUCAGUGGUACAGUCCAUCUACAAUGAAUACCCACUCCUGUACCCCCAAGGUGUGUUAUUCACUGCAGUCCCAUCACGCUCUUUCUUUCCCAGGGGUUUUCUUUGGGAUGAGGGUUUUCACCAACUGCUGCUGAGUAAGUGGGAUCCACAGGUGACGAGAGAGGCAGUUUCCCACUGGAUAGACUUAAUGAAUAUGGAGGGCUGGAUCCCCCGUGAGCAGAUACUCGGCGACGAGGCUCACAGUAAGGUCCCUGCUGAGUUUGUAGUUCAGCGGAACGAGAACGCCAAUCCGCCCACUCUCUUUUUAGCUCUUGAAAAACUAAUUGAACAGUUCUCUUUAAACCCGGCCAGCAUGGAGUCUCAGCCAACCUUGCCUUUUCUCAAACGACUCUACCCAAGACUAAAAACCUGGUUUGAGUGGUACAAUACCACUCAGUCGGGACCCUUGCCUAACUCGUACCGGUGGCGUGGACGUGACAAGGACACCAAUGUCUUCCUCAAUCCUAAGACUCUGACAUCGGGUCUUGACGAUUACCCACGAGCCUCACACCCGUCCGCAGAUGAGCGCCAUGUGGACUUGCACUGCUGGAUGGCUUUGUCCUCCAGCAUCAUGGCUCGAAUCGCUCAGCUUUUAGGUGAACCCCACCAGGACUAUGAAGCUACCCACAAAAUGCUCACGGACAACAAUCUGCUGAAUGAACUACACUGGUCCGUGCAGCUCCAUGCUUUCAGUGACUAUGGCAACCACACACCGGCUGUGACCUUGCAGCAGGAAAAGGUGUACAUCUCCCCCGGAGAACGCCGCCAUCAGUUCCCUGUGGCACGUCUUGUGCGCCAUGUCCGCAAGGCUCCCAAACUCCAAUAUGUCAACGCUUUGGGUUACGUUAGUUUGUUCCCCUUCUUACUACAUGUUCUCCAGCCGGACUCGCCCAAAAUAGAACACAUUCUUAAUGACAUGAAAGACCCCAAUAAGCUGUGGACACCUUACGGCCUGCGUUCUCUUUCAAAGACCGAUCCCAUGUAUAUGAAACGCAACACGGAACACGAUGCCCCCUACUGGAGGGGACCGAUAUGGAUUAAUAUAAACUACCUGGCAGUGAGAGCCCUUCACCACUACAGCAAUACACAGGGGCCAUAUCAAGAGCGGGCAGCUGCUCUUUAUGAGGAACUCAGGACUAACAUUAUCAGUAAUGUGUACAGACAGUAUGUUGAAACAGGUUAUAUCUGGGAACAGUACAAUGAUACCACUGGCAGGGGUCAAGGAAGUCACCCCUUUACUGGCUGGUCGGCCCUAACUUUGUUAAUGAUGGCUGAACAGUACUAAUAUAUUUUUGUCAGGUACUGAGUCCACAGUACAUGAUUUGAAGAAGAAAAACAAUCUAGCUUUGAUUCAUGAACAGUGUUAUGAAUAACGGCAUGACAAAAUAACGGUGUUCGCCGGCAACAAAACUCAAAAUGAAACAUUCAGGAAAUGUCAGAAAUAAGAUAAGGGACAAGUGAUUAAGUUUUAGGUGUGAUCUGGAUGAUUUCUACUACGUCACCUUGCGUUUAGGUCACAAGCUUAAACUUCCUUGUGUGUGUGUAUGCUAGAGGCCACGCCUCCACCCACAGAGACUAAAACAGUGCAGUCUGUUUUGAAGCGACAGGGGGACAAGAAACACGCACAGACAUGCCAAUUUUACUUAUCCUUCAAUAAAUUAGUUUAUGUUAUCGCUGGGGUUUUGUUGUCUCUUUGUUAGUUGGCAACAUAGCUCACACAAUUAUUGGUGGAUUUUAAUAAAACCUUCAGGAAAUGUCAGAAAUGGAAUAAGGAACACGUUUGUAGAUGUUGGGGGUAAUUCGGAUCACCGUCUACAGUCAGGAUUUUUCAGAAGAAUUCUUUAAUAUUGGGAGACAGGGCCUGGCGGAGGUCUGCGUACUCUGGGUGCUUUUGUAGUUAUCGUGGUUUUCUGAUUAUGUAUAUUUAAAUACUAUUUCAAAUGUUGCAACACUCUUACUGUUAGCGUCAGUGUGGUCAAGGAGAGACCCGGCCGUCGACGCAUUUUCAAUUGCUUUAUUAACUUGCGGUAACAAUAACAUGCAGUGAACCCAUUCAACAGUCGCUGCUGUUGGUCCUGACUUACGCCAGUCACUCCACACGCAGACUGGUAACUAGGGAUGGAUACCAAAUUCUGUACUUUUGUAGAUACCGAGCCGACCAAAUUCCGUUGGGACUGCCGGGUACCGAUUCAUGUAAACUCAAACGGUAUCAUAUUUCGAUACCUUGGUUGCUUGUGACGUCACGUUCAGUUGCAGACUCAGCACUUGGCGUGCAACCAAGCCCUUAGCCGGAGUGCCUCUAGAUAGUGUUAUAAUUUUACAUGCCAACAAACAAAGCAAGCAUCCCUUAUAGAAGAUGCUCAAAAGUAAGGCUCCGCUUUUCAAAAUGUGUUAUCUCGAUGCUAAUUUACAUUGGAAAUGCCAUAUGCCAGUGUUUAAUAUACAUCAACAACAAUCCAAAAGUUCGAAAACCGAGGUCCAGCUGUACCAGAAAGCCAGUGUUGUUUACCACUGCACUAUGAAAAUGAUGGCAAGAAGAAUCCAUAAUUCUCCGUUUAAGCCCUUUUGCAAGUGUGAUUUUUAAGGACAAACGUAUGCAGUUGCGUGUUGGCAUGAGGCCAAAAUGAACAAGUAUGACUUUCUAAAGUAUCCAUGUUCGUGUGGACAUGGGCUAAGAUGCACGUACAAUCAAAGAACUGCUGUGUAAUCAAUACAAUACUUUGUAAACAUUUUGUAGGGCUCAACCAAAGACAAGACUGGCACCUUCAACUAAAUGGCAAAGAAUACUUCCUGGCUAUAUUAACAGAGGACAAAAUGUACAUGCUGUGAUAUUUCAGUAUAUCCACUAUAAAAAAGAGAAACCUCAAUCUAUCAAUCAAUCAAUGUUUAUUUAUAUAGCCCUAAAUCACAAGUGUCUCAAAGGGCUGCACAAGCCACAACGACAUCCUCGGUACAGAGCCCACAUACGGGCAAGGAAAAACUCACCCCAGUGGGAUGUCAAUGUGAAUGACUAUGAGAAACCUUGGAGAGGACUGCAUAUGUGGGUAACCCCCACCCCUCUAGGGGAGACCGAAAGCAAUGGAUGUCGAGUGGCUCUGACAUAAUAUUGUGAAAGUCCAGUCCACAGUGGAUCCAACACAUCAGCUAGAGUCCAGUCCAUAGUGGGGCCAGCAGGAAACCGUCCCGAGCGGAGACGGGUCAGCAGCGCAGAGAUGUCCCCAACCGAUGCACAGGCUAGGAAACCUGUCUUCAGUUUUGUUGGCUUUAACUGCAGCAACAUUCUGACACUUGCAAUGCUCUGCAAAAAUGCCCCCCCUGUUGCAAAGUAGACUUGCAAGAAAUAACUGCACAGCAUUAAAUUGAAUUAAAACAUCUAGAUGUUUUACCAAACAAUUAACCACACACACACAAAAUACCAAAAAUUGGUACUGUUGGGUGCCGUUAUCGAUUCCCAGGUAUACCGAGACUCGGUACCUAAUUACAUUUAUUAAGGAGUAAAUCCGUUACUUCCAUCUAUUUUCUACCGCUUAUCCCUUUCUGGAUUGCGGGGGUCUGGAGCCUAUCCCAGCUGCACUCGGGUGGAAGGCAGGGUACACGCUGAACAAGUCCGCACCUCAUCGCAGGGCCAACACAGAAAUUUGUUACUUCUAGAUAAACUUUUUGGGAAAGUACCUGAAUAAUGACUUUUUUUUUUUUUUAGGUAACACUGUUCAUGAAUGUACUAAUUGACCAAUGCAGGUCAGUUGUAUUGUGUAAAACAGGGGUGUCAAACUCAUUUUAGCUCAGGGGCCACAUGGAGGAAAAUCUAUUCCCAGGUGGGCCGGACUGGUAAAAUCAUGGCAUGAUAACUUAAAAAGAAAGACGACUUCAGAUUGUUCGCUUUGUUUUACUUUGGCCAAAAACAGAAUUGAUUGAUUGAUUGAUUGAAACUUUUAUUAGUAGAUUGCACAGUACAGUACAUAUUCCGUACAAUUGACCACUAAAUGGUAACAUCCGAAUAAGUUUUUCAACUUGUUUAAGUCUGGGUCCACGUUAAUCAAUUCAUGGUAAAACACAUUCUGAAAAUGUACAAAUCACAAAUUAUCCUUUUGACAAAACACUUCAAAUUCUGAGGGAAAAAAACGUGUGCGGUUUGGAAAACACAACAAACUUAGACAUUGUCUCAGUGCAUCUACAAAGCCAAUAAACAUGAAGUCACAAACUAGCUGGGAUUGAACAAAAUAAAUAAACUUCUAGGUGUCAAAUACCUCAUUUGCCAUGUCCAGGUAUUAACCCUGUGCUAACUCGACAAACUACUCACACUGAUGUAAAAACUGUUGAAGAUGGUUGAGUUACACUCACGUUUGUCAUUUUUGACAGAGACAUUUAGGGGCAAUGAGGGCGCCAAAGAACAAUGCGUUUGAGGCAGAAGACCUAAAACUGCAGGUUUUGCAUGUCAUUUGUUCGAGGGGAGGAGCCACAGCCAUGCGUUACCACAGGUUUAUGCGUUUUACUGCGUACCUUUUGCUGGGCCCCGGUAUCAAGCGUUUGCUUGCCCAACAGAGUUGUUAUUGCGACACCCAGUGGACACAUUUAGAUCAGCAGUUUCUUUCAUUAAACAAUCUCAGCUCAGUUUUCUUUACUUGGCAAACUCAUCUAGCUGUUCGUGGGACUGAUCCGACCCACGGGCCGAACGUUUGACACCCCUGGUGUAAAAGUAUGUACUGUACAAAGUGUAGCUACCCUGUCUCUAUGAAGCCAUUAAUUUACAGUCGUCCCUCACCACAUCAUGCUUCACUCUUAUCGCAGGUUUUUAAAGUAUUUUAUAAGUAUUUUUGGCCUAAAUUAAGCAUUUUGAAGCAUUAAAAUGGCUAAAUGAACUGAACAUACUACAUUAGUAUUGGCCACCAUCGAGACCAAACCAAUCAGCGCGCACUGUUCUGUAUCGUGGACAAUGAUUGGCUCAGCUUCAGGCAGCAUCCAGUCCCGCCUUUACGGGUGUAAAGGUGAUUAUAUGGGUGUUAUUUCAUGCUCAGAGGGCUCUCGUUGUGUUGAAAAGAAAUUAUUUUGACCGUGUUUUAUGCUGUGUAUUUGAUUUAUAAUAAUAAAUCUUACGUUGCGGGAAUUAAUUUACUACAAUCAGGACCGGAACAAAUUUACUGUAGCGAAACAUGCUGUUUUAUUUAAAUAUCAGGGAGUGGCUUUCUGCUUCUAUUAAACCUGCCACGCAUGAAUGAACGUUUACUUGACAUUUGUACUGUUUUCUCAUCAUGACUGCUUAUUUGGAUUAUUGCAUCGGCCUUCAUUCACUCACUUACUGCUUUUGAAAGCAGUCGUGUUUUGUAUUUGCCGCCUGGAGGGAAUCAGCAUUUACUUUGCCAUCGAUCAUGUUAGUGUCAACAUUGUUUCAAAAGAAUAAAUGAUUUGAAUAUGGAUUUGCUUAUAUUUAUGAUUUAUGAAUGAUACCUCCCUAAACCAACUUCGGUUAGUUAGCUUGACUGGUUUUUAAAAAUUGUCUUUAUUUUUCUCAAACACAAGAGUGUUGAGGCACAUAUUUUGGGGAAGCACAGAUCAGGGGUUCUUAACCUUUUUGGCCUCAGGGCCCAACUUUUUCACUACAGAGGUAUUAGUCAAGCUAAUACAACAGAAAAAAACAGGACAAAAUCUUACAAAAUACACAAAAAUGUUUCAAACCAUAAAAAAAGGAAAUGAGUAAAAAAAAAUAAAAGCAUAAAAAUACUAAACAUGUAAAUAACACUCAACUAAAGCAUCCAACUUUGACACAAGUUUAGUAUGGAAGUAGAAUUGUCUCACAUCAACUUAUAUAAAUAUCAAUAUGAUAUUAAUACAUAUGCAUAUAUUAAUAAAUAUACAAAUACAAAUGUGAUAUACAAAUAUAUAAUUUGUUUAAAUGCAUAUUUGUAAAUAUAUUUUUGAGAUUUGGAAAUAUAUACAAAUGAAAUGUUUAAGCUCACAUCAACACCUGUAAAAGCUGAGUGACUGACUAAACUAUAUAGUAGAUACCACCAUGGCACUACUACAACACACUUGAAACAGUUAUCAAUACUAGUUAUUACUUACCCAUCCAUUUAAUCCACUAUAUGACCCGCCCUAGUGGGUCUCUGAUUGGCUCAUCAGUGUCUGACCAUGUCUGUGACCCAGACCGCUCUGGCUGCAGGUGUUCAGGGGAGUGUGUAACUCCACAUUCCAAACUCGGUCACAUUUAUUUGUGCAUCUGGUUUGUGGUAGGAAUGUCUCAUCGACAAAAAAGCGAUCCAUAUAUGCAAAUUCAAUAC